CAAGAGUGGGACCGUAAAUAUUUCUUAGACAAAGUGGGAGUUUAGUUUGGGCAUAGGGGAUUAGGACUUUUCAGUUGAGUGAGGUAUCGGAGUUCGAAAAGCUGUGCAAUUCCUACAAUCACCUCAGCCUCAGAUAUGGUUAUCCCACCUCCAGUCAGGCCUCCCCGGAUUACAAAAUUUCUCAAACCUUAUGUUCUGAGGAUGCAUUUUACCAAUAAGUAUGUGAGUGCCCAGGUGAUCCACACCCCAACUGCUACUGUAGCCUCUUCUGCAAGCUCACAGGAGAAAGCCUUGAGAUCAAGCUUGGAAACUAGUCGUGAUGUGGCUGCGGCUGCAAAGAUUGGGAAGAUACUAGCUGAACGCCUUUUGCUUAAGGACAUUCCUGCUGUUUCUGUUCACUUGAAGAGGGAACAGAAGUAUCAUGGUAAAGUUAAAGCGGUUAUUGAUUCUCUCAGGGAAGCUGGUGUAACGCUGCUUUGAGUUAUUAUUGUGGGUUUAGUUGUACUUGAGAGAGAUCAUCCAGCUUGUUGGACCUUGUUUUCUGGAACCAAAAAGGAUAGAAGGUUUUGUAUUAUUUCAGUAGAAAAUAAGAAAAUUUAACUGAGGUGCUCACUUUUAUUUUUAAAUUAUCAUCAUAGCAGCAAUUUCAUUUGGGUUCUCUCUCUCUCUCU